GGCGUCCCCGUCGGGCUGACGACCAGACUUCCAGCACGGAGCGCAGGCGAGAGAACCAGACGGCUCCCCAACAUGGCGCUGAACCGGAAUCACUCGCAAAACGGCGGCGUCCUGAUCAACAACGGAGAAAGUGUGCUGCGGGACUGCAAGAACGUGGAGCUGUCGUUCAGCGAUGUCACCGGCAAGACGGAGCUGCUCCAGGGGACCAAGAAGGGCACCGUGUACCUCACCCCGUACAGGUUGCUGUUCGUGUCCAGUAACACCAAGGAUUGCUUGGGUUCGGCCAUGUUCCCCUAUUAUCUGAUGAAGGGCUGCAGCAUCGAGCAGCCGGUCUUUGCAGCGAACUACAUUAAAGGGACGGUGUCAGCCGAGGCCGAUGGUGACUGGGACGGCCAGGCCCAUUUCAAGAUGUCCUUCCCCAGCGGAGGAGCCAUCGAUGUGGGACAGCAUCUCUUCAAACUCGCUACAAAUGCUUCUCGCGCCUCUCCCGCACAAAACGGCGCCGCCUCUCACGGCUAUCCUUCCCCCGGAAUGAUGACCGGCUACGGCCCACCUCAAGCUGCUCCUCCCGCAUAUCCGUACCCAGCCCCUCCCCAGCAAGAUGGAUUCUACCAAGGCCCCACCCCCGAUGCUGGAAACAUGGGCUACCCCCAUCCAACAGCUGCUGCAGGAAUGUACCCAUCUGGCUUUGACUACAUGGCCCCACCUCCACCGUACCCAGGGCCACCCCAAAAUUGGACUGCACCCUCCCAGAACUGGGCGGAGGCGGCAGCACCACCAGCAGCACCUCCAGGUAACUCCAAGGUGGCGGAAGCGGCUGGCAAUGCGUAUUACAAUCCCAGCAACCCACACAAUGUCUACAUGCCCAUGGAGCGGCCUCCUCCAUAUGCACCGUACCCAAACGCUCCUGACAAGAAAAGCAACUGAAGCUCCGGCGCCAUCACUUCAACGACACUCCCCCCUCUCUCUCUCUUUAUCUCUCUCUUCCUCUGUAUCCUCUGUAAUAAAUUCUAAAGCAAGGAGCGAUGCGGAUGAGGAUACAGUACCUACUCCAUUGUAGAAUACAGAAAAGGAAAUGCUAGUGUGGGCGGGGGGGGGGGGGGGGGGUUCAAGGAUGUCAGUGAUAAUUUACCAAUUAAUUGAUAUUUUGGAUACAGGAAUAGCAUACAAAGCAAUUACAUCUUUUAAAUCCAGUUUUCGCUUCUUACGUUCAUUUAAAAGGAUUGACAACUUGUAACUCUAGCUAGACGCGCUCAUCAUUAUUAACAUUCCCAAUGAUUUAUUUAUGUCUAACUCUAGCGCGUAGGUGAGGGCACACAACCGGUCCCUGUGACGAGCUGAACGGAGGAGGCAGGAUGGGGGGGGGGGGGGGAUGUAGAUGUAUUUUUAAGACCGAUUUAUUACCAAAACAUUUUCUGGCAAUUUCUCGAUUGCAGUUCCUGUAGUUCUUAACAAUAGCUACUCUUAUUAUAACAGGUUAAGUAUUUUUGCAGUGUCAUUGAAGGUGCCGUGUGUGUUUCCUUUACAGUUUUGCGUUGUUGCCCAGAGACGAAACCAGAACUGGGUUGAGUCGUGUUUAGUGAUGCGGUAUCGGACAUUCUAUGAGUAGCAAGAGUAGCGAGUUCGGGUUUCCCUUUUCAUAAAACCGUGAGUCCAUUCAUUGUAUGACCCAAAUCUCCCUGUCUCCAUCACAAUAGGAUAUUAUAUAGUACAGGUUUUGGUUAUGAAAAGGAGCAGUGCAUUGUUUGGGGAAGAAGAAAAGGGGGGGGGGUGGAUCAGAUCGAGUUCUGACAUAACGCAUCUACAGGAUGCAUGUGCAAUAAUUCAAUCUCUGAAAACAAGGUUAAAGGUGACACGCUGGGGGUCACCUGCAUGACCCCGUGCUCUACUGCAACAGUAGCUUCUAUUGUAUUUGUGUGUGCACGGCGAGCUGACACCAGAUCUCUACUCUCUGUGUGGCUCCACUAGUGUGGGGUUACAGGGCCACGGCGUUGUAUGUUCAGGGCCCGUCGGGGUUUUGCCCGCUGUUGAAACUUCUGAAUGCCAACCCUUAAUUUCUCAUUUUUUAAAAAGUGGGCUGCGAAGCCACCCGGCGUUGGAGUCGCAUCAAUUAACAACUGUUUGAAGGACUAUUUGCACACAGUUGAAGUGGAUAGAGGAUGUUUUUUGUGUUUUUGUUUCCUUUAAUUAAUCAAAUGUCUACAUUAAUAUCUCUUUUGCAGUUCUUAUUCCUUUUUGCUGAAUUUUGUCUGUCAAUUAAAAUCUAAUAAAUAAGUCAGUUGAAUUUU